AUGAAAAUUGCUAUAGAAGGCUGCGCCCAUGGGGAACUAGAGAAAAUCUACGCUACGAUUCAAGUUUUAGAAAAGAAAGAAGGUGUAAAAGUGGAUUUAUUGUUGUGUUGUGGUGAUUUCCAGUCUGUUCGGAAUGACUCUGAUUUACAGUGUAUGGCUGUACCACCUAAGUACAGAGAAAUGGCUUCAUUUUACAAAUAUUAUUCCGGUGAGUUGACUGCUCCUAUAUUAACGAUAUUCAUCGGAGGGAAUCAUGAAGCAUCCAAUUAUUUAUCUGAGUUACCUUAUGGUGGAUGGGUGUGUCCUAAUAUAUAUUAUAUGGGUUUUGCCAGUAUCGUAAAGUAUGGUGGUAUUCGUAUUGGUGGUCUGUCAGGUAUAUACAAACACCAUGACUACAAGAAAGGCCAUUUUGAGAAACCUCCCUUCUCUCCAGAUACUAUGCGUAGUAUUUACCACAUAAGAAAUUUAGAAGUUUUCAGACUUAAACAGAUCAAAGAUUCAUUGGAUAUCAUGAUGUCACAUGACUGGCCAAGAGGUAUUUAUCACUAUGGCGACACGGAUUCACUGUUACAAAGAAAACCUCAUUUCUCUGGAGAGAUAGAAACAAAGAGAUUAGGUGAGUUGUCCUCUGAGGAUGACAAUAUUACAGGGCCAAAGGUCACCAGAUUUCUUGCCUUAGACAAAUGCUUGCCACACAGAGACUUUUUGCAGGUUGUAGAUAUUGAUAAUUGUGAACCAUUAGAGUUGUCAUAUGAUGCAGAAUGGUUGGCUAUAUUGAAAUCUACCAAUCAUUUAUUGAGUACUACAGAACAUGCAAGUAAUAUGCCAUUCCCUGGAUUACCAGCAAGAUGGGAUUUUACUGUAACUGAAGAGGAACUGUCUACAGUCAGAGAAUUAUUUAAUGAAGAUCUGAAAAUUCCUCUUAAUUUUACAAAAACUGUACCAGUGUAUGAUCCAAGCUUGACCCCAAACUUUAGAAACUCAAGACAACCUCCUGCGUGUGUCAACCAUCAAACAACAGAAUUCUGCCAAAAGCUGGGCAUCGCAGAUCCAAAUGCCCUGAACUGUAACCACGGUGUUGAAGAUAUAAAACCUCCUCCUGAAAAAACAGAUAAUCCAGAUGAGAUAUCUAUUGAUGAGGCAGAUAGCAACGGAAGUGCAUCAUCACCAUCACCAUCUUCAUCAUCAUCAUGUAGUUUAGAUGAAGAUAUAAUUUUAGCUACAGAAGUGGACACUGAAGCCAACCUAUCUAGUAUGUCAGAAGAGCUUUUGUCAAACACAGAUGGGGACACUGAGGAUAGUGAUAUGAAAAGAACAUCUGAGGAUGAACCCUGUCAGAAAGGACCAAAAAAAUUUAAACGACGAAAUCAUAAAAUCUACGAAGCCAGAGAGAAAGAUGAUUAG